CCUGUUGUUCCACCAUCUUGGGAACCUGGGCACAAUAAAGUAGAACAGAAUCCAAAGCGGAACACAAGAACCCACUGAUGUCACACAAUGUGUGACUGCCAUUCCGGACAGUCAGAGGCAAGCCAUGAGUCAACAUCGACGAGCCGCCUCAGGAGUGAGUUGCUGCAAGAAUGGAGUUCCAGCAGAUAAAUACCAAGUUCACGGCACAGAAGUAUCUGAACAGCAGGCAGCCAGUAAAACCAAAAAAUAUACCUUUGCUGUACAAGAGGCAUGCACAAAACGAAUGGAGUCAUCAGACAAGUGAACCCAGUACAUCUUCGCUGUUCCCAAACAUUUACUCUGGAGAGCACAGUCGAGGAACUGACAACCGGCCCCCACUGACAGUAAACGUGGACAGCCCUGGGCCAGCAGCCUACUCACCCACCAGUGUCAGCUACAGGGAGACUACUGCUCCAUCCUACACCUUUGGAUGGAAGACUCCUCCUAAAGAGGGUGGAGGGCGCCGUUCCUGGCAGAAGACUUGGUUCCAGAGCAAGAACCCUUUCACCAAGAAAGCUGAUUUUAACCGCGAGACAAAUUGGCCAUCUCCAUUCCACUACAGUCAGCCCCCAGAUGCCAAACCAGCCAAUAGACCAAGCAGUCCCAGCUAUUCUUUUGGACAGAAGGGGGUCUUUUCCUUUACCAGCAAAGAUGCUCCAUAUGAACCAGCACCCAACAAAUACAACACAGGAAGUGGCUAUCGGCAGGUGCUACAGAGAGCUCCAUCCUUCAUUAUCAGUCCUGCACCACAACAUACAUAUAGGUGGGCAAGCAGAGAAGGCACACCAGGGCCUGGCACUUACAAUGUGGAGACGGGGCACACUGCCCGCUUGCCCAGCUCACCAAGCUUCUUCAUCCAAGGUGUGAGGAGACCCAAAAAGCACGAAACAGGACCAUUUUCAACACUGUAAUCCUGCAGGUGUUCACCAAGCAGCACUCUCCUGCUCCAAUAUAGCGUUCAAGGCAGCUCAUGUUAUGAAUUACAGCCUGGAAUUUAUUAAAAACAGAGCACCUUCCCUACUGUU